CUCCUCCUUACCCCCCCCUCCCUGUCCGGUCCGGGUUCGCUUGCCUCGUCAGCGUCCGCGUUUUUCCUGGGCCCCCCCCAACCCCCCCGGACAGGACCCCCUUGAGCUCGUCCCUCAGCUGCCACCAUGAGCGACCAAGAUCACUCCAUGGAUGAAAUGACGGCAGUGGUGAAGAUUGAGAAAGGAGUUGGUGGCAAUAAUGGGGGCAGUGGUAAUGGUGGUGGUGCCUUUUCUCAGACUCGAAGCAGCAGCACAGGCAGCAGCAGCAGUGGAGGAGGAGGAGGACAGGAAUCCCAGCCAUCCCCUUUGGCUCUGCUGGCAGCAACCUGCAGCAGAAUUGAGUCACCCAAUGAGAACAGCAACAACUCCCAGGGUCCAAGCCAGUCAGGGGGCACAGGUGAACUUGACCUCACAGCCACACAACUUUCACAGGGUGCCAAUGGCUGGCAGAUCAUCUCUUCCUCCUCUGGGGCUACUCCUACCUCAAAGGAACAGAGUGGCAACAGUACCAAUGGCAGCAAUGGCAGUGAGUCUUCCAAGAAUCGCACAGUCUCCAGUGGGCAGUAUGUCGUGGCUGCCACUCCCAACUUACAGAAUCAGCAAGUUCUCACAGGUCUACCAGGAGUGAUGCCUAACAUUCAGUAUCAAGUAAUCCCCCAGUUCCAGACGGUUGAUGGGCAACAGCUGCAGUUUGCUGCUACAACUGGGGCUCAAGUGCAGCAGGAUGGUUCUGGUCAAAUACAGAUUAUACCAGGUGCAAAUCAACAAAUCAUCACAAAUCGAGGAAGUGGAGGCAACAUCAUUGCUGCUAUGCCAAACCUUCUCCAGCAGGCUGUUCCUCUCCAAGGCCUGACUAAUAAUGUGCUCUCAGGACAGACCCAAUAUGUGACCAAUGUACCAGUGGCCCUGAAUGGGAACAUCACCUUGCUACCUGUCAACAGCGUUUCUGCAGCUACCUUGACUCCCAGCUCUCAGGCAGUCACGAUCAGCAGCUCUGGAUCCCAAGAGAGCAGCUCACAGCCAGUCACCUCAGGGACUGCCAUUAGUUCUACCAGUUUGGUGUCAUCGCAAGCCAGUUCCAGCUCCUUUUUUACCAAUGCCAAUAGCUACUCAACAACUACUACCACCAGCAACAUGGGAAUUAUGAACUUUACCACCAGUGGAUCAUCAGGGACCACCUCUCAGAGCCAGACACCACAGAGAGUCAGUGGGCUACAGGGUUCUGAUGCUCUGAACAUCCAGCAGAACCAAACAUCUGGAAGUUCACUGCAAACACCUCAGCAGAAAGAAGGAGAGCAAAACCAGCAGACACAGCAACAACAGAUUCUUAUUCAGCCUCAGCUAGUUCAAGGGGGACAGGCUCUUCAGGCCCUCCAAGCAGCGCCAUUGUCAGGACAGACCUUUACAACUCAAGCUAUUUCCCAGGAAACUCUCCAGAAUCUCCAGCUUCAGGCUGUUCCAAAUUCUGGCCCCAUCAUCAUCCGGACACCAACAGUGGGACCUAAUGGACAAGUCAGUUGGCAGACUCUUCAGCUGCAGAACCUCCAAGUUCAGAACCCACAGGCCCAGACAAUCACCUUAGCCCCAAUGCAGGGUGUUUCUUUGGGACAGACUAGCAGCAGCAACACCACCCUUACACCCAUUGCCUCAGCUGCCUCCAUCCCUGCUGGCACAGUCACUGUGAAUGCUGCUCAACUGUCCUCUGUGCCCGGCCUCCAGACCAUUAACCUCAGUGCUUUGAGUACGUCAGGGAUUCAGGUGCACCAGCUUCCAGGUCUGCCGUUGGCUAUAGCCAAUGCCCCAGGUGAUCAUGGAGCUCAGCUUGGCCUCCCUGGGGCUGGUGGAGAUGGACUACAUGAUGACACAGCAGGUGGAGAAGAAGGAGAGAACAGCCCAGAUCCCCAACCCCAAGCUGGUCGGAGGACCCGUCGGGAAGCAUGCACCUGUCCUUACUGUAAAGACAGUGAAGGAAGGGGCUCUGGGGAUCCUGGCAAAAAGAAACAACACAUUUGCCAUAUCCAAGGCUGUGGCAAAGUAUAUGGCAAGACUUCACACCUACGGGCACACUUGCGCUGGCAUACAGGCGAGAGGCCAUUUAUGUGUACCUGGUCAUACUGUGGGAAACGCUUUACACGUUCAGAUGAGCUACAGAGACACAAACGAACACACACAGGUGAGAAGAAAUUUGCCUGCCCUGAGUGUCCUAAGCGCUUCAUGAGAAGUGAUCACCUGUCAAAGCAUAUCAAGACUCAUCAGAAUAAGAAGGGAGGCCCAGGUGUAGCCCUGAGUGUGGGCACUUUGCCCCUGGACAGUGGGGCAGGUUCAGAAGGCAGCGGCACUGCCACCCCUUCAGCCCUUAUUGCAACCAAUAUGGUAGCCAUGGAGGCCAUCUGUCCAGAGGGUAUUGCCCGUCUUGCCAACAGUGGUAUCAACGUUAUGCAGGUGGCGGAUCUGCAGUCUAUAAAUAUCAGUGGCAAUGGCUUCUGAGAUUAGACAUCUGCAUCCAGGGCCAGGGACACAUGGGCCAAUACCCAUCAAUCCCCCGGAUGCAAGAUAUGGGUCCAAAAGACAUGUGGGAGAGAGAGCCAUGAGGCAUUAAAAUGCAUGGCGGGAAGGAUUGGGGGAGGGAUACAAGAGAAGUGAUGGGGGUCCUAGUACCCACAUAUAUCAUCAGUGCCUCCUUGAAAGUGGGAAACAUAACUGAAAAUUCUGUUGGUGCCACCCUUUGAUGAGCAUUUGUUUGAUCCCAGUUUCUUCUUACACUUCUUACCCCAGCCUCCCUCCCUGCGUUUCCCCUUCUCAGCUCUCCCAUGAUGGAUUUCCCCCCCUUUCCUAAAGCCAUCAUGCCUUGAUAAAUAUAUAUGAUCACUGAAAUACUUUUUAACAAAAACAGAUUCUAUAUUAUAUAUAUAUAAAUAUAUAAAGAUAUAUAGAAAUGCAUUCACAGGGGUUGGCUGGGAGGAGGAAGGAGACCGUUCUGUGACCAAAAUACCUUGGUCAUUUUUUUUUUAUAUAUAUAUAUAUAUUGCCUUAUUUCCCUAUGGCUGAGCCUUGUUGUGACACAUCAAGCUUUUCUGUAGAUGUUGUCUUGGCUUCCCACCAGAGUGAGCAUUCAUAUGCUCUGCUUUUAGUUUAUAUAUACAUACAUAAUGUGUUUUCUUUCUUAAUUUUGUCUUUAUUUGGGGAUCAGCUUCUUGCACUCCUUUCCUGACUCAAUCCCUCUGUUUCCCCUUCUCUUACCUGAUCACUUCAUGUUUUGGUUUUGAAUAGUGAUCUCUGGACUAGGCACUUCUGUCAAUCUUUUAAAGGCCUUAGCCCCAACAGCAGAAUCUUGAAACCCACCCAGUCUGAUGCUUGAGGUAGCUGUGAAGGGAGUGUGCAAAUUAUUGCUGACGCAGGCACCUUCUUUGUGCUGGAGAGUCAAAAAAAAAAAAAAAUCUCCCUUUAUUAGUUGGCUCUAAGCAUCAGGAAUCACAGGUUUUUCUGUGGAAUUGCAUAAAAGUCUGUUUGAAGGAAAUAGUCCGAGAUUAGUUUGUAUGAACUAUCAAAGAGAAAAAAGUCAUGUAAUAGGCAAAGACUUCAGCAAGGGAAGAGACGUGUUCAGAAGAGGAAGUGACACAUAAUAGUAGGGUUUAGGAAGUGGAACAUUUGGACUUUAGUACCAUUGAUUUCCAAGGAAACUCUAAGCCUUGAUAUAUGGGCUUCUGAGUUCACAUUUUGAAAGAAGGUAUACUCCCUCUUUUGAACAUCUCUGGUAGUUUCUUUCCCAGUAUGUUUAGGAGUUUUAGCCAAUAAAUUUAGUCUGGGUUUCCAUUCUGCAGAAUUUGAGGGCAUAUGCCAGUGGCAAGACAGUGGUUCUGAUGAUUCUCUCCCCCCCCUCUCCCCCUUAACUCUUACGUACUUGGAUAGAUCUUAAAGGAAAAGGAAGCGCAGGAUCAUGAGAAUGAUAGCCCAGAACAAAAAGAAAUCUUGUCUUACCACUGGUUUAUCAGAAAGAUUAGGAGAUAGCAUCCUGCUUUCUCCAUGGCCUGAUUCCAGAAGAUACUGACCUAGAAAUUAUAGCGGCAGGGAAUUCAGUGCAUUUGGCACUGAGAUUUAAACUCAACCAGAAUUGUCCUCAAGGACCAGCCAUUAAAGCAUUGUCUCUCUUGACCUUGUGGUAUCUUGUCAGAGAGCUUUUCACUGUGAGGAAGUAUGGAAAUGGCUGUGUGUAUGUGUGUAAUCUGCUAGGUUGGGGAUAGGUUUUCUGUUAGUCCAUAUUAAAAGACCUGCAAUAAAAAAAAUUACCCUGAUCUGAUAGAAAAAGUGAAGUAUUUGUGUAUGAAUGUGUGUGUGAAUGUAUGUUUGUGCCUGUAUAUAUCUACAUACAGAUGAGAAAUUAUAUUUGAAAUUGUUGGAAAAUAAAUCAAAUUCAGAUCAAAAUGCCUUUCAGGCCCAUUACCUAGAAAUGUAUCUUUAAAAACUUGGGUAUGUUCCUGAGGUCAUUUCUCUGCUUAUCCUAAAUCAGUUAAAAUUAUGAGUGGGGGAUAUUCUAUUGCACUUUCUAAAGAAGAAUCUAUUUUUGUGCUGGAACAUGAAACCAACAACCAGAUUUAUAGCAGAGUCCUUAUUCUGUCUUUUUUAUCUUUACUACAAAUAGAUGAUGCUGUGAUUCUACUAUACAUUUUAUAUAAAAUCCAUCUAAAUUAGACUUUGGGUAAAUUUGUAUUGUUAACCUGAAAUAUAGCUGUUAGUAAUAUAAACAAUAGUUUAUUCCAUUCAAUUCUUUCUCUGUAGACUCAAUUCUGUUGUCAACACUUGGAAACUGUUGUAAGGAACUUUCCCCAAAUAACAUUAAUACUGAAGUAAACGUCAUCUAUACCCGGCCACCAUCACACCCUUUAUUCCCACUUAAUUCUUCUCACUGAAUGGCAGAACUCAGACUCUUGUUUUAUGUCUGUAAUCAUGUACUUUGGCAUCUUUUGGAAAAAGAAGCUGGAUAACUCAAUAGAGUGUGCAGUAUUUUGCAAAUGCAUUUCAAAGAAUAGAAUCUUCGCCAGUAUGAAAUUGUUAGAUGUUUAGCUAGAUAAAGCUGAGGGCUACAAGCUUUUUAGAUAGUUAUUUGGUGGUGCUUCUCUCUUGGGUGAAAAGCUGCUGAUUUACCCUCUGUACCCUCUUCAUUAAUAUUACCAUAAGUGAAUUUACACUCUAUUCACUUAUUUCCUUUUCAGCAAGGAUGCUCCAGAUCCAGUAUCUUGUUUGGCCCCUAAAAUGGAAGUAACUUCUGUUUCUGUCUUCCAGCAACAGUGGUCACCUCAUUUUUUUCCAUAGGGACUUAAUUGGUGACAUUCCCUGACUCAGGAGCUCAUUAUAGAAAAUCUCCUUUCCCUGAACUUAGUUUCACUGAAAUUAAUGUAUCUGACAUGCAUUUUGACUGAAAUUUUUUCAUGAGUGUUUAAAUUUUUUUUAAUGACCAAACAUAACAGGGUGGGGAAUGAUGAGAGGCAUAGAAUAUUCUUCAUUCCCUUCUCCUUUCAGCUUUCCCAUUCAUGUUCAUUUGCAUAUUAUUUGACUAUCUCACUUUUUACCCAGAGGAAAUAACAACUCACACCAUCUUCCUUUCAGGGACCUUCUAGCUGGCAAUCUGUGGGUGCUAUACAGAAUGCAAUUUAGUGGAUAUUUCUUAGUCUGGUUUUAGAAUAAGUAGAACUUUAAAUCCCAAAAAAUCUAGGCUGAAGUAUAGGGUGAAGAUUAUGAUUGUGGAGGGUUAGAGACAAAAGCUGUAAAUUACUAUGGCUGAUUUAUUUCUACUAUAUACAUAUAUAUAUAUUUUUUGCUUUUGUAUAUUCCUAUAUAGGGACUAAGCAUUGUAUUUUUUUAACAAAUCUGAGAAAGCACUAUGACUGCAGGUGUUUGACUUUCAGAAUAUAUUUUGUAUUGUUAAUACCUUCACAUUGUAUGAAUACUGGAAGCUGCAGAUCUUUGCUAGACGCAAUAAAUGUAUAUACUUUUUAAGGGGUUCUUUUUGGGGUUCUAAUCAGGCCCCUGUUAUGCUUUGUGGGAUUUCUGGUGCUACAUGAUUAAAGUUUUCAUUCAAUUGUAAGUACCCUGAUGCCCUUUGGACAUUGUGAUCAGAUUGUAGAUCAGGUACCAAGGAAAUGGGGACAAUUAGCUGCCUCAGAGUAAGGGCCCCUUUGCCUAGGUCUCCUUCCCCUUAGACAAAAGCUGGGUAGACUCAGGUUGGGAGGAGAAACAUGAAAUCUCAUAGUUUAAUCUUCCCUUAGAAGAGAGCCAGUAACUUGUACGAGGAUGAAAGGUGGUAGCAGAAGCUUUGGGGAAAGAGGAGGAUAUGGCACUUCUCCAACCCCGGAAAACAUUGCUUUUGAAAAUUGCUGAUAAAAUAUGGGCAGGUUAUUACUUUAGUUUGGGAGACUGUUCUCUCUGGUGCCUCUCUUGGCUCUUUUCCGGGGAUACAGACCUCUUCUAGGAGGAUGAGAGACCAGCUUUGAGGUUGACCUGUUUCUUUUCUUUGUCUGCCUUCCUUAAGUACCAUCCCCCAAGAAGACAUUAAGCAGCCUUAAGCUUAAAUUCCUACUCCCUCUUCCAGACUUGGCUCACUUGCCUUAGACUGAAGACUGGAAAAGGAAAAGAAGAGGAGUCCUUGGCUUUGUUCCUCCCCUAAAUUCUUUUCCACUCUGACUUUCCUAAGCCCAAAGAGAUUUCCCCACAACACAAGAGAAAAAUGGAUCCUUUUUUCUUGUUUGCCCCUUAUUAUAAACCAGCCCAACCUUCUUCCUUAUCUUGGUUAAGAGUUUGCUUCCCUUAGUCGAAGCUCAGUAAAAGAGCCCAACUAACAGGAUUAGGGUGGGUUUGUAAAUAAUGAGAAUUUAGUAUGUCCUUUGGGUAUCAAAGGGUAUUACCUUCAGGAAUCACAACUGUGCCUUCUCUACAGGGGCAGGGACCCCAUCUAUUCAGCUAUUUUAGUAACAUCUCUUGAACAAUGUGGGUAAGGGCAGCUCUUCAUAUCUCUGAUUAUCCUUUUUUGCCCAGUGACAUCCCAUAACCCUUAUCUAAAGUCUAGAACACAAAGACUUUGGGAAAAAUAUGCUGAGCUGGGCCUGGGGAGACCCAUUCUACACAUACCUAUGGCAGCUGCCCUAGGACCUUGCUCCUCCUGCCUAAGUCCAUCACCCUCCUGGGACUCUGGGGAGUAGUGCUCCAAUCUCUGGUGCCUAGAACAAGUCUCUUUCUUAACACUGGCAAUAACCAGUCCCCAUACUUCUGUUGCCUUUAAGCCUCUUAAUAAUCUCAUACUGUGCUUGUUGAUUCCAAUCUAUCACCAGGGCUGUAUGGGUAAAUACUUUUUAGAAGCUAUUCCAUCUUGCUCUUUUUCCCCCUUUGUGUGUGUGUGUGUGUGAGAGAGAGAGAGAGAGAGAGAGAGAAAUGCUAAUCUCUUGUCUUUCAGUUUAUUCCUGCUCCUUUUGUGUCUUCCUUUCUUGUUUCCUUCCUUUUGUCUCUGGGUAUUUGGGGGCUCUUUUUCUUUUUCUCUCUCUUUUUUUUUUGCCUUUUGUACAAAGAUUAGUUUCAAUGUAGUUUGUAGCUUCUUUGUAAACCAAUUAAAAAAGUUUUUUUAAUAAAA